AUGAUUCCAAACCUGACUUCAUUUGUGAUCCCGCAAUAUGCUCCGGUCUAUUCGAUGGAAAGGGAUGUUAAACAUCGAAUCAAACAAUUGAUAGAUCGAUAUGACCAAUGCGAAGUUGAGAUGCAAAAAACAGAUGACUCAAUCGAAAAACUUCCUUUUUUGGAGACCCCAUCGGCGAUCUAUCCUGCGAUCCUGGCCAAUCCUGAAGUGCCUCUGCUUAAAAAGAGCCAGUCUCGGUUGGAGGAUGGUGCUAUAUUUCUCAUGCUCGCGGGUACAGAUGCCCCAUCGCGAACUCUCGCUAUCACCAUGUUCCACAUACUACGGAACCCUGCAACAUACCAGAGACUCAAAGAUGAACUCUUCGCUGCCCUCCCAGAUGUGAAGGCCGUUCCCUGUAUUGAUCAGUUGGAGAAUGUUCCAUAUUUGACAUUUGUCUCUAUGUCCACAUAUUUCAUUUUGAGGGACCCAUCUAUAUUCCCUGAGCCUGAGAUGUUCCUCCCCGAGCGGCGGCUACUCGAGCCGGAGGAAUUACAGAACUUGGAGAAGUUCCUGCUUCCAGCAUCAAAGGGAACUCUAUAUGAAUUGGUCGUGGAUGCACCAUCUCAUAAGCGCUCUUGUGCGUCGAUUUGA